UUGAAAGUAAACCGGGAGAAAAUAACGCAAGACUCCCCGAAGAAACUAAAACUUAAACCUGACAGGACCAAUAACUAUACGCAUCGAUUUUUUUCCUGUUUGCUGAACUUGAAGACUUCUACAUUCCUUUUAUUUAAUCUUUCCUAAAUUUGUUAACAACGCAUAGUCUGUCAAAAUGAUGCGCAUCACGGACACCUACACCCAGAAGAACUCUCUGCUGAACGCCAUGAACCGCUUCAUCGGCGCCGUGAACAACAUGGACCAGACGGUGAUGGUGCCCAGCUUGCUGCGUGACGUGCCGCUGGAGCACGAGAAGGAGCCGGAGGUGAGCGCGCCCGGGAGCUACCUGCGGGACGCUGAGGCCGACAUGUUCAGCUACUACACGCAGCUCAAGUCAAUCCGCAACGACAUCGAGUGGGGAGUUCUGGGGCGCGCGGAUGAGCUGCGACGCAAGGAGAAAGAGAGCUUCGCACAAGAAGCCCCCCGCGCCAACGACAACGAAACGAGCGAAGAGGUGGACCUGGAGCAGCUGUUCCGGUUCCAUCUGAAGGGCUUGCACGGGGUGCUGUCAAAACUCACACACCAGGCCAACGAUUUGACCCACCGCUACAAGCAGGAGAUUGGCAUCGCGGGCUGGGGCCAGUGAGAAGCCAUUCUCGCACGCGCACUUCCACCUGCUGCUUGAACGUUCGACCAUGACCACCUUCGCACAGCACAACGCGGAGAAGAGUUGAACCUUUUUAAAAACAUGAGAUGUUCCGCAAAGAGUUCUCAAAGAAAGAAGAGAACGAGAGAAGAAUAAGAGACUGUUUUCCACUUCUACUCCGCCCCCGCGUCAAGAGACAAUAACUUUUGUCCAUGGCCGAGGUAGCGGGAACUCAGUGACACCUCAAAUACUUUCAAAAUUUGCACUGAUUCCGUUUAUUUCCAUUUGACAAAUGACAAGCCAUGGCUUUGUGAUGAUAUUUAUUCUUAAUAAUAAUAUAUGAUGUAUGUCUGAGGACUAUGUUUUGUUGUUAAACUAUUACUUUUGGACUAAGUGGUGCUGAAGACUGAUGUCAUAUGAAGCCCUAACACUGAUUUAAUUGGCAGGCAUUAUUUUGUGCAAGUGUGUGUAUGUGAUUAGUGUACCCUGCAAGAGUAUGUGAGUGAGUGGGUGCACUAAGGAGAACUGCAGUAGGCCUAACUGCUGCCUACUGCUCAUCCAGGAAAAACUUCACCUGCCAUGUCAUGUCUCCACUGUUCCUCCUCUAACCAUGGAAGGCAGUGUAACUGAAAUCUGUGAAUGAUCCACAUGUGAAUGUAAGAGUGUGUGUCUAAGUGAUGUGUGUUAAAGAGAUGGCUGGUGUGUUUACAGUACGCUGGCCUGUGAUCUGACCCACUUGAGAAUCUAUGAUCUGGAGCCCUCUGAGAAUCCCACAGAACUAUGAUGAGGCCCAUGAGAUUCUGGCAUCACCUAGAAAAUGUGUGCUAAAAUAUAAUUGUUGUAUAAAUAUUUGUUUCAUGUUGUCUGUGUGUUAUAGGCCUAUAAAUAUUUGUUUCAUGUUGUCUGUGUGUCCAUAAGGAUUUUUCCAUAUGUUGUUUUUCACUGAAAAUAAAAGUUUUUGAAAACUGA